UUGCUUUUUACAUUGACUUAAAUGCCCUUCCUGAACACUCAUUUUAAACAGAUCAAGCCCAACAUCCACAAAAAAGCCCAAGGACCUUAGUGGAACUUUAAACAUACAAAACUAGUCUGGUAACGUCACAAACUGUUCUUCCUAGUUAAGAUGCUAUAAGUACUCACUCCACCAAUAACGUUCAUAGAUAAAAGUUGCCAUCAGCCAUUUUUAUACAUUUCUUUACUGUAUUUUUGAAGAAAAAAAAUAUGGGAUCGCGAUUCGAGGUGGAGGUGAAGAUCUCAUCAGCUAAGGAUUUGAAGAACGUGAAUUGGCGUUACGGCCGUCUCAAACCUUAUGCUGUUGUAUGGGUUGACCCAAAAGGCAAAUGCUCCACAAAAGUGGACGAUGACGGUGACACGUCACCUUACUGGGAUGAAAAGCUUGUGAUUCCCUUAUAUUCCCCAAUCGAAGAAUCAACUGUGUACAUCGACGUCGUUCACGCUAACGCACCUGAAGGUACCAAGCCUCUCAUCGGCUCCGCCAAGCUUCCGUUACGUGAUGUUGUCGAUAGCGUCGGAAUUGGAAAUUCCUCGGAGCGUUCGCUUGAGUUGAAGCGACCUUCUGGUCGUCCUCAAGGGAAGGUAAAAGUGGAAGUUGUUGUUCGUGAUCCGCGUUAUCGUGCGCCGGAUCCUUAUUAUGCGCCUCCUUAUGGUGUACCUCCACCGGCUGGAUCAAGGGAUUACCCACCGCAACCUUAUGGCGGAGCGUACGGGGCAGGUGUUCCUGCCCCCUAUGCUGCCCCGCCAGCGGGUUAUCCGUAUAGCGCUGCUCCUGCUCCAGCUCCGGCUUAUGGUCAACAACCAAUUUACGGUGCUUCUGCUCCGGCUCCAGCUCCAGGUUAUGGUCAACAACCGAGUUACGGCGCCCCCCCUGCGCCGUACGGGCAGCAGGGUAGUUACGGACAACCUGGUUACGGGUCGCAAGGAAGUUAUGGGUCGCAGGGUAGUUACGGGCAGCAAGGAGGCUACGGGCAGGGAAGCUACGGGCAGAAGGCGGGGUAUGGGUAUGAGGAGAAGAAGAAGGGGAAGUUUGGAGGAAUGGGGUUGGGAGCGGGAUUGGCUGUGGGUGCGGUUGCAGGGGCACUGGGUGGACUUGCAAUUGCGGAGGGUAUUGAUCACAUUGAGGAUAACAUUGCUGAUAAGGCGGCGGAGAAAGUUGAGGAAGAUCUGGAUGAUGAUGAUUAUGAUGAUGAUGAUGACUAGAAAAAUACCUACCAUCUUUGAUUUAGUUGAUUUUGAUUCGCAUUUUCUUGUUAUAUUUUCCUGAAAGAGAAAGGGUACUUUAAUGUCAAAGCAAAAACUUGUAAAAUUUAUGCAACUGUUGUUUGAUGUACUAAUAUGUUUUUGGAGUAUCGAUCACAUAACGUGUAAUGGAUGCAAGUUGUUGCUAUAA